AUGAAGAGUUGCUUCCUUCUACCUUCCUUACUCUUGCUUCUCUUGGGACUCAAUAAUAGCCAUGGACUCCUGUGUGGUAGAUUUUCAGCCAGGAGCCUGAUUUCGCUGCAACCUAAGCUGGGCAGCAGCAGAAGGAUCGAACUUUUUCUGAAAGCGGAAAACGAGGAUGAGGAAACAAGUGAAAGUGACACAAAACAAGAAACAAAACGUUCCGAACCGAUUACUCUUUUCGAGUUGGCCGAAAUGGAAGCAAGAGCUUCAAAAAGGAUCAAUGAUAGACUAUUGCUGCCUUACAGAUUAGGAGAGGCUCUGACGAAUGUGGCUUGGUUCGUUGUGAUACUGAGUGUCUUUUUGAAUGCCUUUGGUUAUGCAUACAUACGUGGCGAUUAUGGUAUAAUUACGAUUGGAACGAUAGAAGAAAGAAACUUUCAAAUUGAAAUGAGAAAGUCCUCGAAAGAAGCCAUGGAGAGUUCGGUAGAUGCUGCUACGAGGAAUCAGAAUUUGGUUGAUGCUGCUUCCUUUGUGGAUCAACAGUAG